GAUCAAUCGAAACGUCAUGAACAUACACAUGGCUCGUUGGAAGUACGCGGAAUGUUUCCGUGCUGCAUGGGAACACGCGCUGAGGCAAGCCAGCCUUCCUUUUCUACCUUCUGCCUGCGACAUGCUCUUGUGAUUUUUACUUGUGCACGCUGCACGCGUCGAAGGCCCAACCAUUUGGGACCCCGCAGGGCUGCCGCGGGCGGUUGGCCAGGCCAGCAUGAAGUCUGCAUGCCCAGCUUGCAGGCUCGACUUUGGCUCCAGGCCAGGCUCAGUCUGGCGUUGGCCGGCUGGGCACGGCUCGGGCGACCCCGAGCCCCAGGGCAUAUCGCCAUGUGCUUUCUUCCCGUAAAGCGUAGCUUGAUUUUGUGGUUCGAUUUGCUCGUCUCCUCCCCCGUCGACUCUGUAUAG